CUGGCUCCGAGACCCUUCCCCUCUUCGCCACUGAAAAUCUCGCCGGAAACGUUUUUCUCCCCGGUAAUUUGAUUUUCCGGCCGAAGGCUAAGGCUAAGGCUAAUGACGUUUUUUUGAAGUUCUAUUUUUUCCUUGCGUUAGUAAGGGUUUUGUGGUUUUUUGUUUUCUCGGGAUAUGUUGCUCGGAAAGAGGCCUCGUCCGGUAAAAAGAACGACGAGCAUGACCGAAUUUACGGUUGAUAUUGGCUCGGAGGUUCCUCCGAGCGAUGCGGACGGUCCGAUUCAUGUGCCGGAGCUAUUUGAGGGUGCACGCUAUCCGGCGAUCGCUUCACCUAGGAACCACCGUAGAUUUUCGGGUAAUUUUAUCGAGACGGCCCAUUUCUUGCAGUGUUGUACACUUUGUAAACGUAGAUUGGGACCUGGAAGAGACAUAUACAUGUACAGGGGUGAUAGUGCCUUUUGUAGUUUAGAGUGUAGGCAACAACAAAUGAACAUUGACGAGAGAAAGGAGAAAUGCGCUCUCUCCUCCAUGAAAAAUGAAGCUCCAUCUUCUGCAGCUGAAGCUUCGAGCAAUGGCGAAACAGUUGCUGCUGCCUAGGCAUCUGUUACAUAUAAUCAAACCCCUCUCUCUCUCACUAUUCAUCUUUCUCUAUCUACCCCUCUUUCUCUCUCUAUCUACGAGGGGUUAUGUAAUCUGGGGUACCUACCUGAGGUUCAUAUCGAAAAAAACGACCCAUGUACUGCUUUUGCCCGUUAUAAAUAUGAGAAUUGCAGAGUUAAUGACC